UUGGCAACACCAGUGAUAUUGUUGAUCUUCGGUUCACUCUGUACCCUAUUGGGAUUUCUAGGAUGUUGUGGAGCGAUCCGAGAAAAUUACUGUCUUACCGUAUCCUUUGCCGUAUUGCUGGCACUAGUCAUCAUGCUUGAGACAGCGGCCGUAAUUACGGCUUAUGCACUUCAUGAGGAUUUACGAAGCGGUCUCUCCAAUCAGUUACAAAUGGGUUUAUCACGUUAUAAUCGUAGCGGUGGUGUACAAAUGGCGUGGGAUCAAACACAAAGCAUACUUUCGUGCUGUGGUGUGGCGAAUUCCAGCGACUGGUCAGCAUUGGGUGCAGUACCGGACUCGUGUUGUGUGCAGGCAAGAAGCGGAUGUGCUCGCGAACUUGAACCACUUCAUCUGAGUGGUUGGAUUCUAAUCAAUGCAGCACUUGUCGGCGGAGCAUCCGCGGUUUUGGCCGGCUUGCAAGUUGUCGGUGUCUGCUUCGCUUGUUGCUUGUCGAAAAGCAUUCUUAAGGAUUUUCAUGAUUUCUACUAUUGA